AUGGCAAGACUCUCAAACUCAUUUGUGUUUAGCUUAAUAUCUGCUUGUGUAGAUAAAAUUAAUAAUGUAUUUUCUAUUGCAGAUGACCGUGAGGGGUAUGUAUACUUAUUAAGCAAAGUAACCGCUUCAAAAAAUUCCAAAGUAACGUUAUUUGACUGUCACAUGCAAACUGAUGAGAACACUAAAGCCUGUGCUGUAUGCUAUUUGCCAGAGAAACAUAUAAACAUUCAACAAGGGUAUAAGAAUAAAUCGCUGGUAAAAAUUUCUGGUGUAAAGGAAUCUGUCACCAAACGAUUCAAUGCAGCAUUGGAUGAGUAUACCAUAACAAAGAAAGCAAAGAUUAUGCCAUCCUCGCCUAAGUUUGAGUACAAUGAAGCAUUGUCAAGUAACCUGUGUACCGUCAAAGCAGCAUUGUCGAAAGAUCUGUAUGAAGUGGUGGAUUUGAAAGUUAAAGUGAUCAAAAAACAAGAAACAAAACAGUCUAUUGUGAAAAAUGAAAAAACAAGCUGCAAAUCAGACUGCUUGGUUGCCGAUCAAACAGACUCUAUAAAGCUUGUUCUUUGGGAGAACCACAUUGAUGGAAUACAUGCAGGAAAGAGCUAUCAUAUCAGAAAUCUAAAGGUGUGGAGUUUUGAUGAUGAAAAAUAUUUAAAUACCAAUGAAUCCACAGAGUAUAGCGAAAUUGAAAAGGUGGAAGGUAUUACUUUUGAUGCGCCACAAAUAAAAGAGAAUCUCCUGACUGGUAAGUGUGUUGCCAUACAAUUGAAUCGCACAUUGUGUUGUCUUAUAUGCAAUAAAGGGAUUAACCUACCAAUAGCAGCUGAGGAAAUGGUUAUAUGUUCUUCAUGUAAUAACAAUAUGCUUGUGGAGAUGUUAAAAGCCAACCUUGUUGCACAAGUCACCAUUAGGAGUAAUGACCAGGAGCCUCUUAAGUUCACUUGUUUUAAUGAUGGUUUACAAAGUUUAUUGAAUGUGUGUGGUUCCAAAAUGCAAGUGGACGACAUGCCCUUACAAGACCUCAAAAGGAUCGUUCUGAGGUCAGGUUAUUGCAAAAUUAUUGCUGAUAAAGCAACACAAGUAAUAUAUGUAAACAAUGUAUUAACACUUUGUUAUGUUAUUUACAAUACUCAGUAG